AUGAACGGCACUGAGGGAAACAACUUCUACAUCCCCAUGUCCAACAGGACAGGGCUAGUGAGGAGUCCUUUCGAGUAUCCGCAGUAUUAUCUAGCUGAGCCGUGGCAGUUUAAAAUUCUUGCUGUAUACAUGUUCUUCCUCAUCUGUUUUGGUCUACCCAUCAAUGGCCUUACAUUGGUGGUUACAGCUCAACACAAAAAGCUUAGACAACCUCUCAACUUCAUCUUGGUCAACCUGGCUGUGGCUGGUACCAUCAUGGUUUGUUUUGGAUUCACAGUCACUUUCUACACAGCAAUCCAAGGCUACUUUGCUCUGGGUCCAAUUGGCUGUGCGAUUGAGGGCUUCAUGGCCACACUUGGAGGUGAAGUUGCUCUUUGGUCACUUGUGGUACUGGCCAUCGAGAGAUACAUUGUGGUUUGUAAGCCAAUGGGUAGUUUUAAAUUCUCAUCCACCCACGCGAUGGCAGGAAUCGCAUUUACGUGGAUAAUGGCCAUGGCAUGUGCGGCUCCCCCUCUGGUUGGCUGGUCCAGAUAUAUUCCUGAGGGAAUGCAGUGUUCAUGUGGACCAGACUAUUACACCCUGAAUCCUGAAUACAACAAUGAAUCAUAUGUCAUCUACAUGUUCACCUGCCAUUUUAUACUUCCGGUCACCGUAAUCUUCUUCACCUAUGGGCGGCUUGUUUGCACCGUCAAGGCGGCUGCAGCUCAACAGCAGGACUCAGCAUCUACCCAGAAGGCUGAGAGGGAAGUGACAAAAAUGGUCAUCCUGAUGGUUUUGGGUUUCCUGGUGGCUUGGACCCCUUAUGCCAGUGUUGCUGCCUGGAUCUUCUUUAAUAAGGGAGCUGCUUUCACUGCCCAGUCCAUGGCUGUUCCUGCCUUUUUCUCAAAGACCUCAGCCUUAUAUAACCCAAUCAUCUAUGUGCUGCUAAACAAACAGUUCCGGAGCUGCAUGCUGACCACUCUUUUCUGUGGAAAGAAUCCUCUUGGCGAUGAGGAGUCCUCAACUGUGUCCACCAGCAAGACGGAGGUGUCCUCUGUAUCUCCAGCAUAGACUUUUUAACC